AUCAGCCAGGCGCCCAUGGCCUUCGCCCGCCGCGCGCCCGCCCCGCCGCUGCUCGGGCAGGUUUUAGGGCAGCUGCACGCGCGGCGCGGGACCUGCGCCCGGGCCAUGGCUCCGCCGCGGUGCUUCGCGCUGGAACUCCCCGACUGCACAUUGGCGCACUUCGCCCUGGGCGCCGACGCCCCCGGCCAGCGUUCGGACCCGCGUCUGGCAGCGCUGCUGGGACCCCCGGGGCGCAGCUACUCGCUGUGCGUGCCGCCGGCCGCGGGCGUCGGCUGCGGGGAGCGCGUCCGGGCCGCCCGGCUGACCCAGCGCCUGCUGCAGCAGCUGCGCCGGGGCCCCUUCCAGCGGUGCCGGCUGAGCAGGCUCCUCUGCUACUGCCCCGAGGGCCCCGCCGGCAGCGCGCAGCACGGCUUCCUGCUGCGGGACCCCAGCGACGGCCCCGACACGCGGCGCGCUCUGCUCCAACUGCUGGGCCAGGGCGCGGGGGCCGCGCGUCUGCACCUGGGCGAGUUCCAGGUGGACCGGCACGGCGGGCUGUGGCAGCGCCUCUGGGCGCUGCAGGACGGAGCGCAGCGGCAGGUGGGCUGCGCGCGGGUGGUGCCAGCCCAGGAGCCCGCGCUGCACCCCGCCGUGCCGGACCUGCCCAGCUCCGCUGUUUUCCCAGACCGCGCAGCCGCCCGGGACGUCCUGGAGGCGUGCACACCUUUCAUUCCUGAGGCCCGGGCUGUGCUCAACCUGGUUGACCAGUGUUCCCAGCAUGCCCAGAAAGGAAAGUUCCAGGUUAUCGCCAUCGAGGGACUGGACGCCACUGGUAAAACCACUGUGACCCAGGCAGUUUCUGAUGCCCUCCAAGCUGUCCUCUUGAAGUCCCCACCCUCCUGCAUUGGCCAGUGGCGGAAGAUCUUUGAUGAUGAACCAACCAUCGUUAGGAGAGCUUUCUACUCCUUGGGCAAUUAUAUUGUGGCCUCUGAAAUAGCCAAAGAAUCUGUCAAAUCUCCUGUGAUCGUAGACAGGUACUGGCACAGCACGGCCACCUACGCCAUAGCCACCGAGGUGAGUGGGGGUCUGCAGCACCUGCCCCCAGCCCGCCACCCUGUGUACCAGUGGCCAGAGGACCUGCUCAAACCCGACCUGGUGCUGCUGCUCACCGUGAGUCCCGAGGAGCGGGUGCGCAGGCUGCAGGGCCGUGGCGUGGAGAAGACCCAGGAGGAAGCUGAACUGGAGGGCAACAGCGUGUUUCGCCAGAAGGUGGAAGAGUGUUACCGGCGGAUGGAGAAUCCCGGCUGCCACGUGGUGGAUGCCAGUCCCUCACGAGAGAUGGUCCUGAGGACGGUGCUGAGCCUGAUCCACAAUUCUGGUGAAUGCCGGUGACUGCAGCCACGUGCCAUGUCUAGCCAGACGAGACGUUGUGUGCUCCGUCUGAGCCGCUGUUUGUGGUGCAGUCCUGUUGCACCUGUGUGCUGUGUGCUGGAACCCUGCAGCCGGGCGCUUUAACCCCACUUGCACCAUUGCCCUCUCCUCAGAGGAGCCCACACACUUGAGAGGGUUGUGCUCCAGCGAGAGGCUCCCCUUGCUUUCUGUCCCGUGUGUGGCUUGUUUUCUUGGGACAUGUUUUUAACUCCAUCACUGCCAAAUCUCUAGAAGACUUCUCUGUCCAGAGAUCCUCAGGAAGCUUUUCCAAGUCCACGGACAGCACCCAGAGCCUGUCCCGCCUGCACCUGGCACACGAGGGUGGGGGGACGUGGCCAGAGCUGACCUCUUCCAAGUCUGGCUGCACUCCACCAUGAGGCGCUCCCUGCUGCUCCCUCAGCCUCCUGCAGAGCCUGGGUGUCCUGGCCCCGUGGGAGCAGUGCCAUUUGCAGGCUGGGGCCACUCACAAAGCAUUGCUCCUACGUCUGAGGCUCAUGUUCCCCCAGUGCUAAACCUUAACAUCAGAUGUGAAAACACCCAGCCCGAGGUGAACCGACUGCGAAGAACCAGCCUCCUCCAACUUCACACGUGCUUGUUUACCCUCGGCUCCUCUUGGUUGGCACAGGAGCGUUUUGCACUGAGCUGGGUGCAUUAGCUAAUCUGGCAGUUUAUUUAUGUUGGUGUUUGCGUAAUGCCUGCUCUCAGCGCAGGGGCUGAGUCACUACGGAACACUGAUGCCAGGAAGCGAAUGCAAUGCUCCUUUAUGUUUUCAUUACACAAAUUUCCUAUUUCUUGCUCCGUAAGCACAGUGGACGCUGGAAUGGACUUUCUUAGUGAAUUACCUUGGGCUUGAAUGCUUUAUGGUUACACAUGAAGUCAGCUUUGAGAUCGUUUGGUAAGAAAAGUAGCUGAGAAAUGUGGAAACUUAGUAUCCUCUUGGCCGUGGGUGGAUCACGUGACAUCAGUCGUCCACAUUACUUGAGUUGUAGCAGUGGUAAAGAUUCUUGGUUCAAUCAGGCAAUUGCUAGAGCCCCUUCGAGUUCUGACCCAGGUAGAGCUGUACAUUAAUUUUAUCCUGCCCGCCAUUUCUUAAGAAGACUUUAGCUCAAAACCAUUAAAUUGGUGUCCCUUUUGAGUUUGCCUUGUGGAAUCUAAAAUUAGAAUAAAGUAUAGUGCUAAUAUCCUACUAUUUUCCAAAAGAACUACAGGAAAUGUGUGUGUGGUGUAUUUAUGUCCAUACGUAUGUAACUCGCUUCAGUUGAAAAUAAUUUUUCCACCUUGAUUACCGGCAGUGUGGUACCGUAAUGUAUGCAGGCAGCCUAGACAAAGCAACCUUGAGAGCUUUCUGUGUGCCCCUUGCCAAGGAGUAAACUGGCUGUGGUUUUCCCAUUGCUGCUGUCGCCAUGGGUACAAAUGGAUUUGUCUGCCAGGUGCCUGUCUAUUUGCCCUGUCAAUUCCAUGCAGCCCUCAAAUGGGGGGUGGGGAGCUUUGGGUCAGGAAGUUGGGGGUUGUGAGCUGGUGGCUAAGUAGGAUUUGUGAUCAAAGCGCUUUCAGAAGAAGGGAAGGUGAUUGUUUUAUUCUAAAUAUUUUUCUUCAUUACAAAUAUCAAAGGGCUUCUUGGUGCUGCGCCCUUUACGCCUGGAAGAUAUGAGGUCUGUGAGUGUUCGGUGAGGCAGCACCUCCUGUCCCAAGACUGAUGGUGAGGGAUCGUUUGCCUCCUUCUGCCUCUGACAAGCUGAGUGGUGUUUCUGUUCUGGUGCGGGACCAUUAGUGGUCCCAAAUGUUUCCUCUUCUUUUCUUCCAUAGGAACAGAAUUUAACUCAGCACAUGGCUGCUGAGAAUUCAGAAUGUGUUCACAAGGCUCCGUUACACCCAGAUGGGGCCCGCUGGUUAGGUCCUUGUCAGGGAAUACAGGCCGGGCGGGCAUUUUGGCUUAGCACUUAAGAUGCCCCGUCCCAUCCUGGAGAGCAGGCUGGACUCCUGGCUGUGGCUCCUGACUCCAGCUUCCUGCUGCUGAUGGCCUGGGAGGCAGCAGGUGAUAGCUCGGGUGGUUUGGUCCCUGACACCCACGUGGGAGACCCAGAUGACACUCCUGGCUCUGGCUUGAGCCUGGCUCAGCCCCAGCUGUUCUGGGCAUUUGAGGAGUGAAGCAAGGAUGACUUUUCUUUCUCUCUCUCUUUGUCCUCUCCCCUCUUCUCUCUCCCUGUCAAUACAGAACAGUAUGUGGGCAGAAGGCACACAUGACACAUUAGGACAUGGAGUCCCUUUCUCCUUCAGCCUUCACUUGGUUGUACUUAAAGGUGGCAGUGAGCUGUGUAGGGACCAGGAGAUGAGGAUGAUGCUGUAGAGCUCAAAAACUAUGGGACAGAUGGAGACCAGUGUUAGACGUGGCUGCAGCAGCCUGGGCCACCUGCUUGGGGUUUUAUGUGCAAUGAGUGCUUUUCCAUCUGGUGUGAGCUAUCCUGGAUUUGGGUUUCUGAUCCACCCAGUUGAGCCUGUAUUUUACCUUUUACACCAAGACCCCAAAACACUCCCACUGAUGCCCAUGAGAUAUCAAAUACAGUGAUUACUGGAGAAAAAUAACGUGACCAAUCAUACACAAUUAUGGGUUGAUUAGCUUAUGGGGGCUUAACACUCUCGGUCCUGUGGACUUUCCAUGACCUCACCUGUGUGGAAGGAACUCAGCACUCUGCUGGGCACAAAGAUGACAUCAGCUCACAUUUCUUAUUUACCCCUCGAGGUCCUAGACACUGGUUGCUACAGAAUCCAGACUAUAAUGAAGCCUGAAGUUUUUGAUUUGAACAAUAGGGGGGAAAGCCAGUGUAAACUUCUUUGAAGACAGGAGACACAUCUCAUGUCUCCCAGGAUCUCCCACAGCCAAUGUGGAGUGCUCAUGUCCCUGGUGAGAGGUUCCCAACUCUGGUUAUGUGACACAGUCACCUGCACGAGGCCUCAAAGAUGGAUACCAUGCCCCCCCACACAGAGCAAUGAGGUGGGUGUGUGUGUAUUUUCCAUCUGACUCAGGUGAGUGAUUGGGAUUGGCCACUGACCAGCACACACAGGUUAAAGCGCACGUCCAGCUUAUUUGCCAUUGUCCGAAGCAUGAAUCUGAAUCAUGGCCUGUGCUGCUAACAUGGAGAGCAGUCAUGCAUCUGUGGAGAGAACAGGCGAGCAGAUCCCAUCCUCAUGGUCUCAGGGCAGCUCUGCGGUUCCUGCUGCUCAGGACGCACUUACAGUCUGCUGCACACAACAGAGGUUACAAAUAGGGGGAUUCCAGCAGGUGUCAGGAUAUACUGCUCAUGAGUUCCCUGGACCUAAAGGGUGACAUGGUGCCGUUUGUCCCUGAUAUCCACUUACCACCCCUUUCAUGGUAACAGAGCUUUGGCUGGGGCUUUCCAGGUACUCAUGGCAUCUCUUGCAACCACUUUCAGCUGUCUGUGUCCUCAGGGUAGGUUCUGGCCAGCAGGAUGUGAGCUGUUCUUGCCCUCUCAGAGUUGUGCUUGAAUCCCCUUGUUUUCUUCCAUCUCUCUGCCCGCUGGGUUGGAGACUGGAACAGCCAUGUUGGCUCCAGAGAGAGGGAAGCUAUGUGCUCAGAGGGUGGAUCUGUUUCGCCAGCAAAUGUAACUUACUGUUGGAGUGUUACAGGAGAGAGACGUACAUUUCUGUCCUGCUUAAAGCAUUGUGAUUUCUUCUCUCUCCUUUCUCUCUCUCUCUCUGUCUCACUUUCGGCUCUCAUGCUCACUCUUCAUUGUACAGCAGAUUAUAUCUUAACAAGUAUCUAAUAUACUCAUUUAUGGUAUAGUGAGUUUAUACAACAGGUCUCUGUUCCUUUCAACUUUACAAUUCUCAAAGGAAAGUAAAUUUACAACACAAGGCUAUAUGUUGUGUCAUGGGCAUUUGUGCAAAGACUGAAUGUUGAUGUAAGCGUGAAUUGGCAAAAGAGACCUCAUGGGAGGGGUACUCAACUUGACUUUGAGAAUUGCACAGACGUCCUUCAAACUAAUUUUUGUCCUUCACAAACUUGUGAGUGAUGGGCUGAAUUAUGGUUGAAAACAGAUGCUGUCUUCAGAAGUCUCCAAGGUGUAUACCAUCCGUUUACUGAUGAUAGCUCAAUAAAGUAUCUUUAUCCCCAUUAACUUUAAAUAAACAUUCAUGUUCACCAUUGGAUCAUGAAAUGUUGAAUUCAUCAGUCAUUUGUAUAGACACAAGAAAAAGAAACACACUUCUUCUAAUAAAGUUUUGUAUAUUCAUUUCAUAAUUCAUUUCAUAUUUUCUUUUUUAAGACAUGUUCUUUUCCU